UGAAAAUGCAGCAAAGCAUUUUAAAUGUCUUGUAACAUAUGACUCUUAUUUAGGUGGACCAAGGAAAAUAUAAUCUGGAAAAAGUCUUAAACUUAAUGGAGAAGACCAGGAAGCUCUUUGUAAGGUUCCUCAUAUUUAUUCUGUCUGUGGAGAUUUGCUUGGCGCAACACUGGUCUUAUGGCCUGCAACCGGGAGGAAAGCGGGAUGCUGAAAAUCUGGUAGAAUCAUUCCAGGAGAUUGCUAGUGAAAUGGAAAAAAUAGGUGAACUGCAGCAUUUUGAAUGCACUGGCCCACAUCAGCGCUCCAUGCUUGGUGGUCUGAAGGGAGCUCUGGCAAGUCUGAUUGAAGGAGACGUGGGGCGAAAGAAGAUCUGAAUUCAUGAAGGCAAAUGGAACAAAGGACCCGUUACUGUAACGUUUCAAAGCAAUGAUUUAGCUCUAAGGUCUGACCUCUGUUUGGAUUACAGUGUCAUGUGCAUAAAUGUUCAAAUGCAAAAACCA